AUGCCUGAGCAGACCAAUCGAGGACAGCUGUUUAUAUUUCUUCUUCUCAUGCUGUACUUCAUGUCCAGUGCGCCUCCUCAAGAUGCUGGUUACCCUCCUCCAACAGCGCGCAAGCGUAUCAUGAAAGAGUUUCAAGGGGAGCUUGAGGAAUCACGCAAAUCCUUGGCUGGCGAUUAUGAACAAGGAUACGGAAAUCUUACAGGAUUUAGGUUAAGUUACCACGAUGCUAUAUUGGGCAGAAACCUCUCCGAUUGGCCAUUUUCCGACCACCUUAAUCAUCCUUACGAAGAGACCGAAGAAUUUAGCAUUUUGCCAAAUGUUGUUAGUCGAAGGGCACGUGAUGUUUGGAAUACCGAAUCCAGAACGGUAGAGUUACCUAAUGAAGAUAGUGACACGCAUCCUUCCAAGCAUAGAUCUGGAGUGUAUCACCAGAACGUUACGGGAUACGCCAGGGGAACAUUCCAUAAAGAGAAGAUAUCUUUGGUGCCCAUACAAAUGGAAGUCCCAGCCUAUUACGACAAACUCAGAGAGUAUAAACAGAUUCAGAACGAGAUCAACUUUGGUAAUGACCUAGGACGGACUUCUCCUUUUGAGGACGACGAACCUGAUCAUUCUGACACUCCUGUAGAUAUUCCCGUCCAGCCUAAACGUCCUGGGAACAUCACAGCCGUCUCUGGAAUUACCAAGUUUUCUAUGUACAACACAAAAGAUGAAGAAAUGGCCGAAAGUGCGGGUGAGACAACUGCUGUCGAUCUUAUAGUGACACUCAACGACAAUGGAGAACACGAUGAGCAGCAGGUCAGCCUAUCUGGUUUAUACCAUAUAGACAAUGGCAACCUUGUGGCCACUACGCGGUCUGCGAAGUUUGCUGGGAUCUAUGCUCUUCCACAUUUAAAUUUGGGACCUGGAAAACAUUUCAACUCCACUAGAGAGCUCUAUUUAUUGAGAAGUAACCGCACUGCUCCCGAGGAUAUCACAUUUUCAUUUGUGGACCAGCUACUCGAGGAUAGUGCCAGCUGUGAGUACGUUGCGUAUUUACAUUUUGAGUCCACUGAUAUGGACCUUAAGGAGAUCCAUCAGAUCGAUGACGAACUUACCAAUCCUAUGGGAAGACCUCACAGAGUUCCACCUAAACUUCGCAUAACCGGAGGUGUCCUCUACUCUCCAGAUUGCGGAAUAAUGCUUGAUCUUGAUCCUGCGGAGGGACCGAGAAACGAGGUUUAUACCAAUGAUCUUAGACGCACCAUUAUAUUCCUCUCCUUCAUCGUGUUGGCGCAGAUCAUUCUUUUCGUCAACCAGAUGAACGUUACCAACACACCCUCCACUCUCUCCAGAAUCUCCUUUUGGACUUUGGCCUUAAUAAAUGUAGCAGACGGCUCUUUCAGUAUGAUUGCUUUGCUCUGCUCGAUGAUCUUCAAGGAUUUGUACCUCCAGUUUGUCUUUUGCGCCUUCUUGGCGUUUACGUGCUGUUCCAUAUUUGAGAUGAAAUAUAACAUAAUGGUGUAUUCUGCACAGAUUAACGAGAGACCCAUCACUUGGAGAACUGCUCUGCAGGGAACUCCUCUUGACGAGAGAACCGAGGAAGGGAACGAGACCACUCCUGCUAUCACUGCUCCGACUCCGCAACCCCAGGAUGACCAGACUAUUGCUGCUCAACUUUAUACAAGGUACUUUUGCACGCUCAUAUUUCUAUUUUUUGGGUUGAGUGUGACUACUUGGCCUAUCAAACAACGUAGGGUGUUUGAAUACAUCACGUUGACAGUCUUUAACUCUUAUUGGUUCCCUCAGAUCUACCGAAACGUGAUUCGGGGAUCCCGAAAGUCAUUUACCUGGCAAUUUAUCCUUGGCACCUCUAUUAUUCGCUUGGCACCAAUUGCCUAUGCUUGCAUCUUUCCCAAUCCGUUCUACCACCAUCCGGACUACAUGUUUGUGGUAUUUUUGAGCUCUUGGAUUGCCAUCCAACUUUUUGCUUUGUUUCUUCAGGAAAUACUCGGACCUCGAUUCUUUCUUCCUGAAAGGUAUCUCCCAAAGACCUACAAAUAUCAUCCAUUACUUACCAAGGGAGACUUGGAAAACGGCUACAAUUUUGAGAGUUUUGUUGACUCUGACCAGCCGCCUGGAUCUACGCUCAAGUGUAAACUAGACUGCACCAUUUGUAUGCAGUCUCUGGAAAUACCGGUCAUAGAUAAUACUGUAGAGAAUACGGAGCUGCAUGAAAGCAUGGCUAGUAAUGCCCGAAACUUGAUGGCUACGAGAGCAUACAUGGUUACACCUUGCAGGCAUAUUUUCCAUACAGAAUGUCUAGAGGGUUGGAUGAGGUACAAAUUACAAUGUCCCGUGUGCAGAAAUAGUCUUCCUCCGUUGUAG